CUCAGUGAACUCAGGUCGUUUUGUAUCAACUCAGAGAUUCUCUCUCAGCCAACGAUUCAAAUGAGAAAGUGAGGUCAUGUUGGUGACGACUCUCAGCUACUACCACCUCUGAAUCAGUAUUUGUAAAAUAAUCUGAUUUGUUUUUUAUCAGGUUAACUCAAGUUAAAGUUCAUCCAAUGAGUUCUGUAGUUUAUGAGAUAUUUUGCUAACAGAACAUCUCUGUGUUUAGUAAAAAAAUUAACCCAUCUUUGGUCUGAACAGAUGUUUGCAGUGAUUAGUUGAUUAACAGGAAGUGCUACAGCAGCUGCUGCUGCCACCUGUGGCAGUAAUGUUUGUUUGUUUAUUUGUUGCACCUGUUGAACAAAGAUUCAAACGUUUAGCUGCGACCCCCCCGUCUCUCCUCUCGGCUGCUGCUUCGGCUGCGAGCCGAAGCUAAAAUUAGCGCCGCAGCUCUGGAUGUGUUGUGAUGUAAAAAUAGCAAAAGGAGGGAAGCCGAAAGGGUGWGAGCAGACAUUCAGGACAGCCGAAGGGAGAAGUAACAGCCGAAGGAAGAAGAGGAAAAAGCUGAAAAACAGGAAACAAAGUUUCGUUUGAUCAGAAACAGAAACAUGUCAGGAGAAACCAUGAUGUCCARGCAGCGAGCGCAGAGGUCGUUCGGUAACGGAGCUCUGAGGGACCAGUGGGAGAGACGAGCUCAGAACGAGGCGGAUCAGUGCAAACAGGAGGCUGAGCGCAAGGAGAGAAGCUCCCUGAAAGUUCUGUUCUCUAAGUGGAACUAUCACUGGUCACUCGACACCAACGGAGACAAGACGACAGCCGAAGAGUCAGAGUUCAGCAGGCUGACGAGCCGAUCAGCCGAAGAAGAGAAAAAGACUAAAAUCAGGUUUAAAAUCGUCCCCCCGCCUCCCAAACCCAAAGCUGAGGCUCCUCCCCCGGCGCCGCCGCCCCCCAGGAGGUCUGCCUCGCCCCGCCAGCGCCGGCCCAAACGGAAGGUGGAGGUGGACGUGUUUCGGCUGUGCUGGAGGGAGUCCUGGAGGAGCCUCAAACCCCCCAAGUACCUUUACCUGAAGGCCAGAGAGUCCAGAGACAGGAGGUCCAGGCUGAGCCACCUGGACCUGGUCCAGAACACAGACUAUARACCUGCCUUACGAGACCCAGACUCAGAACCAGACUCACUCAGCUCCACAUGGAUUCACUCCUGGAGACAGGUGA